CUAGUUACAGCUGAGCUGCUUACGGCAGAAAGAAGGCUGAGCUGAGCAGUGGAGGCUCCCCUGGAUCUGGAGAGAAGAGGCAAUCUUGGAACCAGUAAUGAGCCAUCCUGACUACAAGCUGAACCUCCGGCCCCUGGGGACCCCCAGAGGUGUGUCCUCUGUGGUUGGCCCACAUGGUGUUGGUGUUUCGCCAGGUGACAAAAAGUCAAAGAGCAAGUCCAUGCGAGGAAAGAAAAAGAGCAUAUUUGAAACCUACAUGUCCAAGGAGGAUGUUUCAGAAGGCUUGAAGAAAGGAACGCUUAUCCAGGGUGUAUUGAGAAUCAAUCCAAAGAAGUUUCAUGAAGCCUUCAUUCCUUCCCCGGAUGGUGAUCGAGACAUUUUUAUUGAUGGGGUUGUUUCUCGUAAUAGAGCCUUAAAUGGGGAUCUGGUAGUCGUGAAACUGCUUCCUGAGGAGCAGUGGAAGGUAAUUAAACCAGAGAGCAGUGACAAAGAAACAGAAAUUGCCUAUGAAUCAGAUCUCCCUGAGGAGCUCUGUGGACACCAUCUCCCGCAGCAAUCCCUGAAAGGCCAUAAUGACAGUCCUGAUGUCAUUAUAGAGGCUCAAUUUGAUGACAGUGACUCAGAAGAUGGACAUGGCAACACACAAAAUGUGCUGGUUGAUGGUGUUAAGAAUCUCUCAGUUUGUGUUCAUGAAAAAGGAAAAGAGGAUGCUCGUGCACCACUUAUAAAAGAUGAGAGUACCUCCACAUCACAAGACACAGGAGCUUUACCCGAGAAGUCCCUGCAAAGAUCAGCAAAGGUGGUUUACAUCCUGGAGAAGAAGCAUUCUCGAGCAGCAACUGGCUUUCUCAAACUCUUGGCUGAUAAGAACAGUGAACUGUUUAGGAAAUAUGCCCUGUUUUCUCCCUCAGACCACCGGGUGCCUAGAAUUUAUGUGCCUCUCAAGGACUGUCCCCAGGACUUUGUGACACGGCCUAAAGAUUAUGCCAACAUACUAUUCAUCUGCCGCAUCGUGGACUGGAAGGAGGACAGCAAUUUUGCUCUGGGGCAGCUGGCCAAGAGUCUUGGGCAGGCUGGUGAAAUUGAGCCGGAAACAGAAGGAAUACUGACAGAGUAUGGUGUGGAUUUCUCUGAGUUCUCUUCAGAAGUUCUAGAAUGCCUCCCUCAAGGCCUGCCCUGGACAAUUCCUCCAGAGGAGUUCAGCAAGAGAAGAGAUUUAAGAAAAGACUGUAUCUUCACCAUUGACCCAUCAACUGCCCGAGACCUCGAUGAUGCCCUCUCCUGCAAGCCACUCACUGAUGGCAAUUUUGAAGUGGGAGUUCACAUCGCUGACGUGAGCUACUUUGUUCCUGAGGGGUCUGAUCUGGAUAAAGUGGCUGCGGAGAGAGCCACAAGUGUCUACUUGGUUCAAAAGGUGGUUCCCAUGCUUCCCAGGCUGCUGUGUGAGGAGCUGUGCAGCCUCAACCCUGGGACCGACAAGCUGACUUUCUCUGUGAUCUGGACACUGACUCCAGAGGGCAAGAUCCUUGAUGAAUGGUUUGGCCGGACCAUCAUCUGCUCUUGCACCAAACUGAGCUACGAGCACGCACAGAGCAUGAUUGAAAGCCCGAUGGAGAAAAUCCCUGAGAAGAAGCUGCCUCCCAUUUCACCAGAGCACAGCAGUGAGGAGGUGCACCGGGCUAUCUUGAAUCUCCACGAAAUGGCAAAGCACUUACGCCAGCAACGCUUUGUGGAUGGCUCACUCCGUUUGGAUCAGCUAAAGCUUGCUUUCACUCUGGACCAUGAGACUGGAUUGCCUCAAGAAUGUCAUAUCUAUGAGUACCGUGACAGCAACAAGCUCGUGGAGGAAUUCAUGCUGCUGGCCAACAUGGCGGUGGCUCACAAAAUCUACCGCACCUUCCCUGAGCGGGCCCUUCUGCGCCGGCACCCCCCACCUCAGGCAAAGAUGCUCCAGGACCUAGUGGAAUUCUGCAACCAGAUGGGGUUGCCCAUGGAUGUCAGCUCUGCAGGGGCCCUCAAUGAAAGUCUGACCAAAACAUUUGGAGAUGACAGGUACUCACUGGCCCGGAAGGAGGUGCUCACCAACAUGUGCUCCCGGUCCAUGCAGAUGGCGCUGUACUUCUGCUCAGGGGUGCUGCAGGACCAGGUGCAGUUCCAGCACUACGCCCUCAACGUGCCGCUCUACACGCACUUCACCUCGCCCAUCCGCCGCUUCGCCGAUGUCCUGGUGCACCGCCUCCUGGCUGCCACGCUGGGCUAUGGGGAGCUGCCAGCUUUAGAGCCCGACACCUUGCAGAAGCAGGCCGACCACUGCAACGACCGCCGCAUGGCGUCCAAGCGUGUGCAGGAGCUCAGCACAGGCCUCUUCUUUGCUGUUCUGGUCAAGGAGAGUGGCCCACUGGAGUCAGAAGCCAUGGUGAUGGGCGUCCUGAACCAAGCCUUUGAUGUGUUGGUGCUGCGCUACGGGGUGCAGAAGCGCAUCUACUGCAACGCUCUGGCCCUGCGGUCGCACCACUUCCAGAGGGUAGGCAGGAAGCCGGAGCUCACGCUUGUCUGGGAGCCCGAGGACACCGAGCAGGAGCCCGCACGGCAGGUCAUCACCAUCUUCAGCCUGGUGCAGGUGGUCCUGCAGGCUGACGCUACAGCCCUCAAGUACAGCGCUGUCCUGAAGCCGCCCGGCCCCGAGGGCUUCCCCGGCCUGGAGGAGGAGGCAGUAGAUGACAAGCAAAAGGACUGAGGCACUAGGACCCCAGCUCCCCCCAACUCUCCAACCCCCAGCCCGGCCAUCCCUCAGCCCCACUCACUCUCCCGCCCUACCCCUCUGGCUGUGAGGAAUAGGACUUUUUGACACCAAAGGGGAUUUUUAAUUUGAUUUUUAACAACUCAGGGGUUUGUUUUUAUCCUUAUUUUUACAUUUUAUUUUAUUCUUGCAGCUCAGUUUUUAAAUGAACUGGAGGGGACAGGGAGGGUCUGGAGGAAGGCUGAGGCCUGGACAGGGCUUUUCCCCAGUCCUCCUGGGAGCCCAGCCCCCGCUGCCAGGCCACCCACUGCCUAUGCCUGCCCAGGAAAUGUGAGAGUUUCAUCAAAUCAGUGUCAUGGAAUAAAACCAAGUAUGAAGUGCUA